UACUCGGGCAUUAAAAUCGGUCCCGUUGUAAAGAAGGAUGUAAUGAAAGCGUCAAUUAUGUUAGAACACGAAAGCCAGUACGCGACAAUAUUGGCUUUCGAUGUGAAAAUCGAGAGAGACGCUCAAGAACUCGCGGAUUCACUAGGAGUUAAAAUAUUUCAAGCCGAUAUAAUUUACCAUUUGUUCGACAAGUUCAUGGCGUACAGGGAAGAGCUCAAGCAGAAAAAAC